AUGGACUCUCAAGCGCCUUCGAGCUCCGCCGAAUUUGUUCAGAGCCGCGCCUUUGCUGGGGCUCGCCUAGGAUAUGUGUUCAAGAGCGACUGGCGAGGAUUAGGUUACUACAGGGAUCCCCUGCAGCCACUGCCGCCGGCAGAAGUUCCGGCGCAGCACGGCGGUGCCGCGGGCUCCCAAGCAGCAGCUUGCGCUGCGCCACUGCCGCCAUCACCGCCGCAGCCCAACGCGCAGCAGCAGGAGCAGCAGCAGCAGCAGCAGCAGCAGCAGCAGCAGCAGCAGCAGCCAUGUGACAAGGGCAAGCGAACUGCGGAGUCGCACCAGCAGCUCAACACAAUCGACGAAAAGCAGCAGAAUGCAGCAGCGGCAAAGUCGCAAGCGAGCGGAGGUGCAAGCGGCAGCUUCGCACCGGCGGCCGCGGCAGCGGUGGCACCCUCUGCAAAGGCGCCGUCUGUGGUGCAGAAAUCCAACCCUUUCUUGAAGCUAAUGAAAGGCAAAAAGGUGCCCGCGGUCGCUGCCGCCGGUGGCGACGCAAAGCGUGCGAAGAAAG